AAAACGGCGUCGGUUAAACGCGAUUCGCCAUUCAUCAGUGAUGAAAAUCCCCAAUUCAAGAAGCGGUGAAUCAGAUUCUAAGUUAUAUUCCCACCUGCGAGUACCGAAAUCCGAAUGCUUACGCUUCGUAAAGCUCCCACCUUUACUACCGGCACCACCAUCUUCAAUUUCAUCAAAACUCUAACCACCGCCACCAAUUUCAUCCAAGGCAGUGGCGGCACCACCACCACCACUGCCAGAGGCUUACCCAAUGACGACUACUUCGCCACGAUCCACCAUAUAUCCAACAUCGUCCGGCGAGACAUAUACUUGGAGAGAACUCUCAACAAGAUGCGAAUAUCCAACAUCGUCAAUUCCGAGCUGGUUUACCGUGUUCUCCGAAGUUGUUGCAGUUGCGGAAUCGAAUCUUUCCGGUUCUUCAACUGGGCCCGGACCCACCACCCUAAUUAUGACCCCACCACUCUCGAAUUCGAAGAGCUCCUACGAAUCUUGGCCAAAACCCGCCAUUGGGAGACCAUGUGGAAGGUGGCUCAGAGUAUGAAAACUCAGAACUUUCCUAUCUCUCCAUCCGUUGUGUCUUUCAUUAUCGAACAAUAUGCUAAGCAUGGACUCAUCGAUCAAGCGGUUGACUUAUUUAAUGGGCUCAAGAACUUCGAUUGUCCGCAGACAACCGAAGUGUACAAUUCCUUGCUUUUUGCUCUGUGUGAAGUUAAGAACUUUCAGGGUGCUUACGCUUUGAUACGGAGAAUGAUCAGAAAAGGGAGCGUUCCCGACAAAAAGACGUACUCCGUUCUUGUUAAUGCGUGGUGCUCUGCGGGUAAGAUGAGAGAGGCCCAAGAGUUCUUGGAGGAGAUGAGUAAAAAGGGGUACAAACCCCCCGUGCGUGGUCGUGAUUUACUUAUUGACGGCUUGUUAAACGCCGGUUAUCUCGAGUCGGCUAAAGGGUUGGUUAGAAAAAUGUCGAAGGGUGGUUAUGUGCCAGAUGUGAGCACUUUUAAUUGUUUGGCCGAAGCGCUAUCUAAAUCCGGUGAAAUCGACUUCUGCAUUGAUCUUUUUAACGAUGUCUGUGGAUUGGGGUUUUGUCCAGACACAGACACGUACAAGAUUAUGAUAACUGUGACUUCGAAAAUCGGGAGAGUUGACGAGGGUUUUAAGAUACUGCACAGGUCGAUUGAAGAUGGGCAUAAGCCGUUUCCGAGUUUGUACGCUCCGAUUUUGAAAGCUCUCUGUCGGAGGGGGCAAUUUGAUGACGCGUUCAGUUUUUUUGCUGAUAUGAAGGUGAAGGGGCACCCACCGAACAGGCCUGUUUAUACUAUGCUGAUUAGGAUGUGUGUUCGUGGGGGUAGAUGUGUCGAGGCAGGCAAUUAUUUGAUGGAGAUGACAGAGUUGAAUUUGUCACCAAUGUCGCAGAGUUUCGAUAUGGUGUGUGAUGGAUUGAAGAACUGUGGGAAGCAUGAUUUGGCCAAGAGAAUGGAGCAGUUGGAGAUUUCGCUUCGCGGUAUUUGAUUCUUGAAUUCCGUUUGCUGAUAUUUAACGGUACACCGUUAUAAUGGGGUUAAAUUCGUCAAAGGGUUUGUUUUUAGUUUCGGAUUCGGAUUUCUAUUGAGAAAGUUGUGGUGAGUUUGAUUGGUUUGGAGAUGGGAUUGGGACCAGAGGCAUGUGAUUUUAUUUCGUCUCAGGAAAAAGUUAUUUGUUGCUUAGAUCACAAAUUUAGCUUUUGAAA